UCCCAGCUGCUACUGUGUGGGGAAUUGAGAGCUAUUCCCGUCCCCCGUAUGUUGAUCACGUGUCCUUAGGGGACGUUUGCUUUGGGGAUCACUUUGGGAGGUAAACGCAGCGCACCGGUGCGCGUAGCCAAUUUGGAGAGAAACAUCCUUAAUAAUAAUCGUAAUGAUCCACCGGAGGAUCAAGCGGAUCACUUUUGUUUCGGGGCGUUGUCAUACACCAUGUACAGUGGCUUGCUUUACACAGAUCAGUAAGGGACUGGCACUCUUUGUGUGCUCCGUGACUCACUGACUUGUCAAAACUUCUGCGCUUACGAACCGCGAUCUUUACUGCGAGCAUCACAUUGUUGCCAUCUCCUGCAACGAGUCGACGUACGGAGCUGUCACUGCGAGCCGAGGUAAUUGGCCAGCUUCCGUGGGAUUUGAUGUCACCUUUAGAUUGGUUCAACUGAAGAUGGAAACACUGGAGUCUGAGCUGACCUGCCCGAUCUGCCUGGAGUUGUUUGAAGAUCCUCUGCUCUUGCCUUGUGCCCACAGUCUGUGCUUUAACUGUGCUCACCGCAUCCUGGUGUCUCACUGCUCCACCAGCAAGCCCCUCGAAUCCAUUUCUGCCUUUCAGUGUCCCACCUGUCGUUACGUCAUCACGCUGAAUCACCGCGGCCUGGAGGGCCUUAAGCGCAAUGUGACGUUGCAGAACAUCAUUGACCGCUUUCAAAAGGCCUCCCUUAGCGGCCCCAAUUCUCCCACCGAGAGCCGUCGCCUGCAGCCGCAGCGACCCUACACCGCCACCAUUAGCGGUACAAUAGCUGGAACGAUUGGCGGCGGCGGUGGCACAAGUGGAGGCAGCGCUCGUAGCAGCCCGGCCACUUCCAGCCACUCCCACCAGCACGCCAACCACACCAAUCACAUCAACCACACCAACGCUAACCACAGCCCAGCUGUUGUUGCUAAAAUGGAUCCACGGAUCAGCUGCCAGUUCUGUGAGCAGGAUCCGCCACGCGAGGCCGUCAAGACUUGCGUCACAUGUGAGGUAUCGUACUGUGACCGCUGCCUGCGUGCAACACACCCCAACAAGAAGCCCUUCACCAGCCACCGCUUGGUGGAGCCAGUGCCAGACACCCACAUCCGUGGCUUGACCUGCCUGGAGCAUGAGAACGAGAAGGUCAACAUGUACUGCUUGGUGGAUGACCAGCUCAUUUGUGCCCUCUGCAAGCUCGUGGGACGCCACAGAGAGCACCAGGUGUCCUCCCUCACUGAACGUUUUGACAAGCUCAAGGCUUAUCAGGUGAGCCCGGGCAGAGUGUCAGAUGCAGUAAUGGAGGCUUCAAAGACAAGCGCUGCGCAAACUCUGGAGAACAACCUAACCAACUUGGUGAAGAGGAACAGUGAGCUGGAGAACCAAAUGGCCAAGCUCAUUCAAAUCUGUCAACAGGUUGAGGUGAACACAGCCAUGCAUGAAGCUAAGCUGGUAGAGGAGUGUGAUGAGCUGGUGGAGAUCAUUCGCCAGAGAAAACAGGUCAUCGCCGUGAAGAUCAAAGAAUCCAAGGUGAUGAAACUGCGCAAGUUGGCUCAGCAGAUUGCAAAUUGUCGCCAGUGUUUGGAGCGCUCCAGUGCCCUGAUCACACAGGCUGAGCAGAGCUUGAAGGAGAACGACCACGCCCGCUUCCUUCAGACUGCCAGAAAUGUCGCCGAAAGGGUUGCAAUGGCCACGGCUUCCUCGCAGGUGCUCAUCCCAGAUGUCAACUUGAACGAGGCGUUUGACAACUUUGCUCUUGACUUCUCCCGAGAGAAGAAGAUUCUGGAAGGACUAGAUUACCUAACAGCUCCCAACCCUCCAUCUAUAAGAGACGAGCUGUGCACCGCCUCCCACGACACCAUCACUGUUCACUGGACGUCUGAGGACGAGUUCAGCGUCACCUCCUAUGAGCUGCAGUACACGAUCUACACGGGCCAAACAAACUUCAUCAGCUUGUACAACUCUGCAGACAGCUGGAUGAUCGUACCUAACAUCAAGCAGAACCACUACACGGUGCACGGCUUGCAGAGUGGCACCCGUUAUAUCUUCUUCGUCAAGGCUAUCAACCAAGCAGGAAGUCGCAACAGUGAGCCAGCCCGCCUCAAAACCAACAGUCAACCUUUCAAGUUGGACCCAAAAACAGCCCACAAGAAGUUACGUCUGUCCAACGACUGCCUGACCAUGGAGAAGGACGAGAGCUCGCUGAAGAAGAGCCACACCCCGGAGCGCUUCAGCGGAACAGGCUCCUAUGGAGCUGCUGGUAAUGUCUUUAUUGACAGCGGGUGUCACUACUGGGAGGUGCUACUCGGAGCAUCCACAUGGUAUGCCAUCGGCGUGGCUUACAAAUCAGCCCCGAAAAACGAAUGGAGCGGCAAAAACUCAUCCUCGUGGGUGUUCUCACGUUGCAACAACAACUUUAUGGUGCGGCACGAUGGUAAGGAGAUGCUGGUGGAGGCGAGUCUGCAGCUGAGGCGGCUGGGUGUCCUGCUGGACUACGACAACAAUUCGCUGUCCUUUUACGAUGCCAUGAAUUCCCAGCAUAUUCACACCUUUGAAAUCUCCUUCCUCCUACCUGUUGUACCCACUUUCAUGAUCUGGAACAAGUCAGUCAUGAUACUCUCAGGGCUACCUGUCCCCGAUUUUGUCGAUGGUGUGGCCUCGGAUCUUCAAGAGAUCCAACAGCAGCAAAUGGGGAUGUGCCGGCAAGACUCGCCAUACUUGACCGGGAUGAAGACCUGCCACUGAGUGGUCGUGUGACUGUAAAUGCGAUUAAAACACUGACACGGUGGCUCAUGUUAGCUAGUUACUUUCAUAUGGGUUUAAAAAGUUGCAAAUAUGCACAGCAGUCUGGAAAAAUGUCAGUCCGGUUAGUUUGUAGCCAUCCAAUAUUUUGCAAAUCCAUCAUCAACGAAUGGGAAUGAGGUCUUUUGACUGCAGUGACCGCAGUCACUGACAGAGAAAAGCUUUGGUGUCCUGUAUUUUCAGGACCAUUUAAGGUCUUCCUUUUUUCAUCUGUGUUUCACCCCAGGCAGAAGACCAAAGUGAGAAUCUUCAUGUCAGCCAUUUAAAGUUUGAAGGUGCAGCACAUGAACAGUGAAACUACUUAACCUGUGGUAGAUUAUGAGAAAGACAGAAAAGGAAAAGUAUACAGAGAAAAAUGAAUAGAAAACCGAUUGAUGCUUUCAAAAGUGUUUAACUCGUGGUGCUUUGACCACAGCGGUGGAAAGUGCUGUCCACCGAUCCAUAAUAGUUAUCAAACAGGUAGAUGGAAAGGUCAUAGCAAAUGCUUAGAAUCACAAUUUUUAGCUGUAUCGAACCAGUAAGUGAGCCUCCUCAUGCCCUGAGUAUCAGGGGCACUGUUGUUCCCAAAAAAGCCGAUCUUUUAAUGUCUUGAUUAUAAAUUACCCUUCUCUCUACGGGGACAGUAAACACAAACCUACCAGCAAAUUACCCCACACAUCAUUUCAGAGCGUCUGGAUCCCCCCAGCGUUAGGGUCAAGCAGUCAGGAUUUGUCUUUAGUUUAUCGUCUGUCUUAGUAGUGUGAAAAUUGAUGCCACUUUCAUGUCUGUUAUUACAGCGCAAGCAGCCGAGCUGGCCUUGUAGCAUAAAUUCUGAAAGCUCCAACUUUCAAGCUGCAGAAUGUAACCUACUGUAAGAUCAUAAAGUGUCUAAAGUGUUUAAAUUUCUCUUUUAUUACAGAUUUAACAAAAGUGUAACGUGUGAAUGGGUAAGCUUUUGAAAUGCUGCCAGACUGGACUUUUUCUGUCCCCCAAAAAAGGAGCUUUUUUCCUUUGGGGAAGUUUGAUUCCUACAAGGUUUACACUAGUACAUACAUUCUCUGGGAAACGUACAAUACCAAGCUUUUUUUUUUAAACCUCUUUGCUUUUAUUCAGUCACUUUUUGAUUUUCUACAUUAAUAAAAACAAAUAAAAAGCAAAAUUAUGAACAGAUCUUUGCUGAUCAUAUUUUAGCAAAUGUGAUCUGUGUUAACUGUACGUAAUUAAAACACACUACAACUAGAAAACAUGUCUGUAUCUUACAGUUUCUCCAAAUGUGUAUGCAGACAUCCAAUUAUAGACAUUACAAUCUCUAGCUUGGUAGAGUUUUGUAUUUACUGCACACAAUGGAAAAAUAAUGCACACCAAUAACUGCAAAUUCACUGUAAGAAGAUUUAAGACUAGGAAAAAAACUACAACUUAAGACAGCGAGUUCAGUAGUAUUUUUUUUCUUGGUUGUAAAAGUAACACAGAGCUUAACUGCAUAUUUUGAGUAUAAUGAUGUAUGCUUAAACACAUGCCACGUUAGCAUCAUCUGCACUCCCAAAAUGUGACACAUUUACAGUGUGAUCAUACCGAUGAAACAAAAACACUUAAACCUCCCGCAUCAGUCCAGACACGAGAGUGGUAUUCUUUUUCCCACACAGAGACUCUUGAUUCUUAAAAUGUCCCAUUUUUUUUCAGUUUGUCUACUACAGCAGGCUGUACUGCAAGUAUUUCCUUGCCGCUGUUCAUGUGUUGUGUCCUUAAUAGCUAUGUGUGGUCACUGCUAUAGUCCUUUCCUCGAUCUUCCUCCUGGAUUUGACCCGUCAGUCUUGUUUUGUAUUGACAGGUCACAGCUUCCUUAUUUCAGGAAGCGUUAGCGUCGCUCCCGGAUUCUUUAUUAACAAGAUCCCAGGGGGCAGAUUUGCAUCGUGUGACUACUCGACUUGUAUAAUAAGAGGUUUAUUGAUAACUAGAGGAAAAAAAGUGUUAUUUAUGGGAAAAAAAAGUUUACUUUUAUUAUUAAUCGCAACAUAUUCAUGAUGCACUUUUUAAUUAACACUAACUCCCCCCUGUGAGUAUUGAAAUAGAUGGAAAUGUGUGGCAGGGUUUUAAUGGGGAGGGUAAGAGACAAUAAGCACUGCUGCUGGUUGUGUUAACUCAUCCUAUUUUUCUGCUCAUAUUUUCAAAGUAAUUUAUGGUGGUUAGCGUGUAAAACAUACUGCAGUAAAACCUCUUUUGGUCACACGGAGAACUUUGCAAUAAAGAAAAAAGUCACAGCUUUUAAGUUUUGUUUACUGUGCUUUAAACACAACCAGCGACUUGUCCUCCCCAUUGCGUUUUUUCAAUAGCAUACAGUGAAACUAUGUUUAGAAAAGGGAUAUGAUUAUGAUGGUGUUUGUGGGAUUUUUAUCAUGAUUAUAAUGAAUAACUAAUAGCUGUUUGUUGUUGACUUUUCAGGGAAGGAGGUGGUUAACACUUAAACCUGCUGUCUGUCGCAAUGUCAUGGCAUGAUUGUGUUUUCCUCUGUAAUUUGUUACCACACACACACACACACCAACACACUCCAUGUUCAGUUUAGGUUGGUCUUGUCGUGAUAAAUGCAUGAUACAUUAUAGGAUCUCACAGUUCACCGGGUAAUUUAAGUAACUCUUUCAAGCUCACCAAUUUGUUUUUUUCCCUUUGGAAAGAGGCUCACCUGAACAUUUUACAGCAGACCUGACCUCGAAACUCUUUCUGUUCUUGAUCACUAUUCAAAUAGCAGCUGAAGCAGGAAAAAAUAGUUUUGCUUUCUGGUUUGGAUUUAAAGGCCUAGCGUGGGUGACAGUUUCUCUCUGGUUUGAUAUUCAAGGAAGCAGGGCUGAUUCAGACAAUCAAAUAUGUAUCAUAGUUUUUGCCGAUUUAAGAGGCCGCGUAGCCAGAAAGUCGAGAGAAGCUGUGACAAAGUGACACUGGAGGUUGUGCUUAAAAAAAGAUGCAGACUCUUACCCGAUUUGACACGAGAAACCUUACGCCUCAUUGCCGAUUUCACUCCUUUUACUCAUCAUGAGGUAUAUAACUGUUGACUGUCUUGCAACAUUUCUACUCUGACAGGCUAUGAUCUCCUUGACUUGAAAACGCAGGCAUACCCUGCAAACACACUGUUUUAAAUCAUUUGCUAGUGACCUUAAAGUUCCUUGAUGAGUCAGUUGGGAACGGCAGUGAAAAUCGGAUCUGCAUUAUUCACCGAGGGAAACUGAACGGUGCAUCAGUUAUGAAUAUUUACUCGAGGUGUUGAUUGAUAGAGAUGUUCCACAUGUCAAAGAUAACACAGCAGACAAACAUAGCAGGGAGCUUACCGAAUGUUACCUGACUUCCAGAUAUCCAUUCAUCUCGCUGAAUAAUGUCGGUCGCAGCAACCAAACAGUGUUGAUUUGUGAUCUGGACCGACAAGCUCAAGUCAUCUGUGCAAGUGUGCUUGGCUUGGUCACUGCAUGAAUAUGUGACCUUGCCGCAGGUUCAUACUGUAACUCUGUUCUUAUCUUCGAGAUAGGGUUUCCUGUUGAGUCAAACAUAUUCUCAAUUUUUAUUUUUAUUUUUUACAAUGGGGGGAAAAAAAAACUUCGAAAGCAUACAGAAAAUGUUCAUUGCCAUGCAUAUCAGAUCAUCUGCAGUGCUCUUUUUUUGUGUCACAAGUCAAUACAGUAAAAUAUAUACGGUGAAUGAUUUUCAAUAGCUACCCACUCCUUGUAGUGCAGUGUAAUACCCUAGAGACAAUGCAAUAGAUUCUCCUUUCUGCUUUUCUGUUUGUGUAACUUGGGAAAUUGUUUUGGUUUUUUUUACAACUCAAAAGAAAGGCACUCCUCUCCUUUUGACAUUUGGACCUUAAUUUAAAAAAAGAGAGAGAAAAAAACUGAAACAGCACAAAAAGAGCAGUUUUGCCUUCCUGCAAUGCUUCCUGUUUCCAUAGAUAUAACAGAUAUACUUUUAGUCAGAGAGGAAUGUAAAUCAUAGGGGGAAAUAUAUAUUAUAUAAAGUUGUAUAUUAUAACAAAUAUAUAUGAACCAAUGUUAUUUAUGUGAAUUUAAGUCCAAUUAAAAGUCUGAU